GGCGAUUACUGGGCAGGCUCAGUCUUUCGCCUCAGUCUCGAGCUCUAGCUGGCAGCGCAACGUACGCGUUCCGGAUCUUCAGUACCCCGGUCGCCAUCGACGUCGUUAGGUUCCUUUGGGCUCUUCUGCGCCACUCACUCGCCACACACUCGGCCGUCAUAAGCCGCUAUCAUGGUGAAGCUCGCAAAGGCUGGUAAAAACCAGGGCGACCCCAAGAAAAUGGCCCCUCCUCCGAAGGAGGUAGAAGAAGAUAGUGAAGAUGAGGAAAUGUCAGAAGAUGAAGAUGAUGAAAGCAGCGAAGAAGAGGUUAUCAUUCCUCAGAAAAGCAAGAAGGCCGCCACAACUCCAGGAAAGAAGGUGAUUGUUUCUCCAGCGAAGAAGGUUGCGGUUGCCACACCAGCCAAGAAAGCAGUUGUCACCCCUGGCAAAAAGGCAGCAGCUAUGCCAACUCCUGGCAAAAAGGCAGCAGCUACACCAGCCAAAGCAGUAGCCACACCAGGCAAGAAGGGAGGCACACCAGGCAAAGCACUGGUGGCAGCCCCUGGUAAGAAGGGAGCAGCCACUCCAGCCAAGGGAGCGAAGAAUGGCAAAAAUGCUAAGAAGGAAGAUAGUGAUGAAGAAGAUGAGGACGACAGUGAAGAGGACGAUGAGGAGGAUGAGGAUGAAGAUGAGGAUGAAUUUGAGCCAGCAGUGAGGAAAGCUGCUGCCGUCGCUGCCGCUUCCGAUGAUGAGGAUGAAGACGAGGAUGAGGAUGAAGAUGAGGAUGAUGAGGAUGAUGAGGAUGACGAUGAAGAAGAUGACUCUGAAGAAGAACCUAUGGAGGUAGUUGUAUCAGCCAAAGGCAAGAAAGCUGCAAAAGUUGUUCCUGUGAAGUCCAAGAGCACAGCUGAGGAUGAAGACGAAGAGGAUGAAGACGAAGAGGACGACGAUGAAGAAGAUGAAGAAGAGGACGAUGAAGACGAUGAAGAUGAGGAAGAGGAGGAGGAAGAGGAAGAAGAGCCUGUCAAAGAAGCACCUGGAAAACGAAAGAAGGAAAUGGCCAAACAGAAAGCUGCUCCUGAAGCCAAGAAGCAGAAAGUAGAAGCCACAGAACCAACUACAGCUUUCAAUCUCUUUAUUGGAAACCUGAACUUCAGCAAAUCUGCUUCUGAAUUAAAAACGGGUAUCAGUGAUGUGUUUGCUAAAAACGAUCUUGCUGUUGUGGAUGUCAGAAUUGGUAUGUCUAGGAAGUUUGGCUAUGUGGAUUUUGAAUCUGCUGAAGACCUAGAAAAAGCCUUGGAACUCACUGGUUUAAAAGUCUUUGGUAAUGAAAUUAAACUAGAAAAACCAAAAGGAAAAGACAGUAAAAAAGAUCGAGAUGCAAGAACACUUUUGGCUAAAAAUCUGCCUUAUAAAGUUACUCAGGAAGAAUUAAAAGAAGUGUUCGAAGAUGCCAUGGAGAUUAGAUUAGUCAGCAAGGAUGGAAAGAGUAAAGGAAUUGCAUAUAUUGAAUUUAAGACAGAAGCUGAUGCGGAGAAAACCUUGGAAGAAAAGCAGGGAACAGAAAUAGAUGGGCGAUCCAUUUCCCUGUACUACACCGGAGAGAAAGGUCAAAAUCAAGACUAUAGAGGUGGCAAGAAUAGCACUUGGAGUGGUGAAUCCAAAACUCUGGUUUUAAGCAACCUCUCCUACAGUGCAACAGAAGAAACUCUUCAGGAAGUAUUUGAGAAGGCAACUUCUAUCAAAGUGGCCCAGAACCAAAAUGGCAAAUCUAAAGGGUAUGCAUUUAUAGAAUUUGCUUCAUUUGAAGAUGCUAAAGAGGCUUUAAAUUCCUGUAAUAAGAGAGAAAUUGAGGGCAGAGCAAUCAGGCUGGAGUUGCAAGGACCCAGGGGAUCACCUAACGCGAGAAGCCAGCCGUCCAAAACUCUAUUUGUCAAAGGUUUGUCUGAGGAGACUACAGAAGAGACAUUAAAGGAGUCCUUUGAUGGCUCUAUUCGGGCCAGGAUAGUCACAGACCGGGAGACUGGAUCUUCCAAAGGGUUUGGUUUUGUAGACUUCAACAGUGAGGAAGAUGCCAAAGCAGCCAAGGAGGCCAUGGAAGAUGGUGAAAUUGAUGGAAACAAAGUCACUUUGGACUGGGCUAAGCCUAAGGGUGAAGGUGGCUUCGGUGGUCGCGGCGGAGGCAGAGGUGGCUUUGGAGGCAGAGGUGGUGGCAGAGGAGGCCGAGGAGGAUUUGGUGGCCGAGGCCGGGGAGGCUUUGGAGGUCGGGGAGGCUUCCGGGGAGGCAGAGGAGGCGGCGGCGACCACAAGCCACAAGGAAAGAAGACGAAGUUUGAAUAGUUUCUUCUAUUCCUGUCUUUCCCUCUUCCAUUUGAAAGAAAGGACUCUGGGGUUUUUACUCUGUUACCUGAUCAAUGACAGAGCCUUCUAAGGACAUUCCAAGACAGUAUACAGUCCUGUGGUCUACUUGGAAAUCCGGAUAGAUAACAUUUCAAGGGAACUACCCUGUUGGUUUUGACUGGAUAUUCAUAUAAACUUUUUAAAGAAAUGAGUGAUAGAGCUAACCCUUAUCUGUAAGUUUUGAAUUUAUAUUGUUUCUUCCCAUGUACAAAACCAUUUUUUCCUACAAA